AUGUUGUUGUCAACAAGUCAAAGUUUAUUAUCUAAUAAUUCAGCAAAUAAUGAAUUAUAUUGUCCCAGUUUAUUUGAUAAUCUCUGUUGGCCACAAACUCGUGCCAAUCAUUUAAUUACUAUUUCAUGUUCAUCAUUGGCUAUGCCAGGAGUUGACGAAAGCAAAUUUGUCACUCGAGAUUGCCUUUCAACAGGAGAAUGGUCAUCUGUUUCAUAUGAAUCCUGUAUUUAUCCGGAUAUAUGGGAUUCAGUGAAGAAAUUUUAUAUGAUAAGAGUAGUUCAACUAAGAAAACCUUAUACAGAUAUUUUUCAAGCUGUGCGUAUUAUUGAAUUAAUGGGACUAUCAGUAUCAUUUAUCAGUAUACUUGUUUCGUUUAUAAUCUUUUUUAAUUUGAAAAAUAGAUCUCAUUACUAUAAUCAUACAAAAAUUCAUUUUAAUCUUUUAUUAACAAUACUUAUUCAAGUAAUCGCUCGAAUAAUUAAUUACGGAAUUCAAGUGAAAAAAUCUAAAAGUUCUUCACAAAUAGAAUCAAUACAAUGUAGUGUUGAUGAAAGUAUUCAUAUUCAUGAAACUUCAUCUAUAUUGAAAAAUAUGUGUCCACUAAUACUCAUAUUUUCACAACUUAGUAUAACAUCUAUGUUUAUGUGGAUGCUUUCUGAAGCUAUUUAUUUAAAUAAUGUAAUAACAUUUCGUCCAUAUUACAAGAGUUCUACAACAUCAUAUUUUUAUAUACUUGGAUGGUUUGUACCAUUUUGUAUAACAUUAGGUUGGAGUAUGAUUAUGUUUAUUAAACAACAUGGUAAAAAACAUAAAUGUUGGGAAAAUUAUCAACAUCUUAAAUAUUUUCGGAUGAUUGAUGGGCCUCGAUAUGUAGUAAUGAUUAUAAAUUUUAUUGUCUUAUUGAAUGUAAUACGAAAUCUGUUUCUUAAAACUCGAUACGGUUCAGAGAUACAAAUACGUGAUGCGUAA